AUGGAGGAUUUGCCCAACACAUCGCAAUGUCAGCUAAAGAAUGAUCGACUUCGCAGUCUCAACUGCAGUCUCCAACUAAACUGUUGGUCAUUUGAAAAGCUGAGAGAGAGAGAGAGAGAGAGAGAGAGAGAGAGAGAGAGAGAGAGAGAGAGAGAGAGAGAGAGAGAGAGAGAGAGAGAGAGAGAGAGAGAGAGAGAGAGAGAGAGAGAGAGAGAGAGAGAGAGAGAGAGAGACGGAAAGAGAGAGACGGAAAGAGAGAGACGGAAAGAGAGAGAGAGAGACGGAAAGAGAGAGCGAGAGACGGAAAGAGAGAGACGGAAAGAGAGAGACGGAAAGAGAGACGGAGAGAGACGGAAAGAAAGAGACGGAGAGAGACGGAAAGAGAGAGACGGAAAGAGAGAGAGAGACGGAAAGAGAGAGAGAGACGGAAAGAGAGACGGAAAGAGAGAGACGGAAAGAAAGAGAGAGACGGAAAGAGAGAGAGAGAGACGGAAAGAAAGAGAGACGGAAAGAGAGAGAGAGAGACGGAAAGAAAGAGAGAGAGACGGAAAGAGAGAGAGACGGAAAGAGAGAGAGAGAGACGGAGAGAGAGAGAGACGGAAAGAGAGAGAGAGAGACGGAGAGAGAGGGAGACGGAAAGAGAGAGGGAGACGGAAAGAGAGAGAGAGAGAGAGAGAGAGAGAGAGAGAGAGAGAGAGAGAGAGAGAGAGAGAGAGAGAGAGAGAGAGAGAGAGAGAGAGAGAGAGAGAGAGAGAGAGAGAGAGACGGAAAGAGAGAGAGAGAGAGACGGAAAGAGAGAGAGAGAGAGAGACGGAAAGAGAGAGAGAGAGAGAGAGACGGAAAGAGAGAGAGAGAGAGACGGAAAGAGAGAGAGAGACGGAGAGAGAGAGAGAGAGACGGAAAGAGAGAGAGAGAGACGGAAAGAGAGAGAGAGAGAGAGAGAGAGAGAGAGAGAGAGAGAGAGAGAGAGAGAGAGAGAGAGAGAGAGAGAGAGAGAGAGAGAGAGAGAGACAGAAAGAGAGAGACAGAAAGAGAGAGACAGAAAGAGAGAGACAGAAAGAGAGAGACGGAAAGAGAGAGACGGAAAGAGAGAGAGACGGAAAGAGAGAGAGACGGAAAGAGAGAGAGACGGAAAGAGAGAGAGACGGAGAGAGAGAGAGA